ACAGGCGGCAUUGGAUACAGUUUUACGGACUCUACCGACUUGGGAAUUAGCUGACACUGCAAACAUGCCGUCCAAGCCUGCCCCGAUCAAGAAGGCGGCUAAGAAAGAACCAGCCAAGAAGGAGGAGAAGGCUCCAGAACCGGCACCUGAACCCGCUCCUGCCCCCGCUGAGGCCGAAGCUGCACCUGCUGAGGCUGCUCCUGCCGAGGCAGAGGCCCCCGCGGCCCCGCCAGCUGAGGAGCCCAAACCCCCCACCCCACCUCCACCCGCAGAUGCUGCUGCGCCUGCUCCAGAAGAAGAACCAGCCGCUGCAGCUGAGGCCCCUGCUGAUGCUGCUGCUCCCGCUCCAGAGGAAACACCAGCUCCUGCAGCUGAGGCCCCCGCUGAUGCUGCUGCUCCCGCUACAGAAGAAACACCAGCUGCAGCUGAGGCCCCUGCUGAUGCUGCCGCUCCCGCUACAGAGGAAACUCCAGCCGCUGCAGCUGAGGCCCCCGCUGAUGCUGCUGACGCUCCACCCGCGGAGGAAGGUGCUCCUGCAGCUGAAGGCGAGGCACCCGCUGAUGCUGAAGCUGCUGAAGCGCCUGCACCAGAAGAGCCUAAAGCACCCACACCUCCUCCACCUCCACCCAAAGAGCCCACAAGUGUCCCCCUGGACCUGUUUGUUGAGGAUAAGAACGACACUUCAGUCACUAUCAUCUGGAGCCAGCCAGAGGUCGUCGGACCAUCCGGCCUGGAUGGAUACACCAUUGAAGUCUGCAAGGACGGAACUGAGGACUGGAAGGCAGUCAAUGAGGAACUGCAGAAGUCCACCCGCUACGUUAUCAAGAACCAGACCACUGGUGAUCGUCUGAAGAUUCGCGUGGUGGCUGUGAAUGCUGGCGGCCGCAGCCCCCCCGUCACCCUGCCUGAGGCCGUCCUGGUGAAGGAGGUCGCUGAUCGUCCCAAGGUCCGCCUGCCACGUUUCCUCAGGCAGAGAUACGUCGCCCAUGUUGGAUCUAAGAUCAACCUGACCAUCCCCUUCACAGGCAAACCCAAACCAGUGGUUUCCUGGUUAAAGGAUGGGCAGCCCCUGGACACAAAGAAGGUGAACAUCCGCAGCACCGACAGAGACAGCAUCCUGUUCAUCCGUGCAGCUGAGAGAGAAGACUCUGGAGUGUAUGAAAUGUGUGUGAAGGUGGAUGACUUCGAGGACAAGGCUUCACUCACCCUGCAAAUUGUUGGUGAGCAAAAUGUUGUAUCAAAGAGAAAAAGUACGACCGGUGUGUCCCAUAGUCUGUAUAAAAAUAAUGGACGUAGCCACUAUGACAUCAUCCAUUGGUUUGUGGACCAUCAUUAUAAAGCCUUGUUUUAGGCCGUCAUCAAAUUA